UUUAAACACAGAGCAGAGUUAUAAAAGAAACACGGAGAGAGCUGCCCAGAGGCCAGUUUUCAGAAACAGAGCUAAGAAUCUGAAAGGAACCCUUAGGAUUCUGCUGGGAACCUCAAGGAACAUUUUUUGGAGGAGCGAAUGGGUAUCCCUUUUACAGAUUGCCUGGUCUUUCAUGCACUGGGAAAUGAGAGUCUGGAACCUGCUCCCAGUCAGUAAAGUCUUGACAGUGGACUAGACUGCAGCUGUGCUAAUAAACCAGGGCCUAGUGUCCUUCCAAGGUCCCAGGAAAAGUAUGUGGUGGAAGAAGAAUUAGAAACCAGAUCUCUUGACUCCAAGGAUAUGGCCAUCCUGCUGAGCAUUUUUCCAGUUCUCCUUUGGACAAUGAUGGCAUUUCAGGCAAACUUAUUGCAAGCUAAAGGAAUUCAGGUUCUCCCACCUGUUAACUUCACUCUCACAGUCUCUGCUCUAGCAGAAGUACUUUUGCAAUGGAAACCAAACCCUGAUCAAGAAGAAAAGAACUACACUAUUAGAUAUGAUGUGGAAAUUAUGACUCCUGAGAGGGACGAGUAUGAUACAAAGAAAACUUGCAGUACCCGUGUGGCUGUGCUUCAUAAUGGUUUUUCUGCACGUAUUCGGACAUUGCUUCUCUAUACCAACUCGCAAAUAAAAAGUAACUGGGUUACAGCUAAACUCCAAGCCCCACCAGGUGCUGUUGAGACAUCAGUCACUAACUUGUCCUGUGUGAUUUACACUGCCAUUAAUAAUACUGCAUCUCUUCAUUGCACCUGGCUUGCUGGCAAAGCGGCGCCAGAAGAUACCAAAUACUUUCUAUUUUACAGGUAUAACAACUACACUGAAGAAUGCCAAGAAUAUAGUAAAGACAAAUGGGAGAGAAAUAUUGGUUGCCGAUUUUCAAACACUUACAUAAAGACUAGUGAAACUGACGAAGUCAUCGUAAUACACAUUAAUGGGUCAAGCAAUGGUACUGCAAUCAAACCUUUUGAACAGAUAUUUAAUCAAAAUGCCAUUCUUCAGGUUCUCCCACCUGUUAACUUCACUCUCACAGUCUCUGCACUAGCUGAAGUACUUUUGCAAUGGAAACCAAACCCUGAUCAAGAAGAAAAGAACUACACUAUUAGAUAUGAUGUGGAAAUUAUGACUCCUGAGAGGGACGAGUAUGAUACAAAGAAAACUUGCAGUACCCGUGUGGCUGUGCUUCAUAAUGGUUUUUCUGCACGUAUUCGGACAUUGCUUCUCUAUACCAACUCGCAAAUAAAAAGUAACUGGGUUACAGCUAAACUCCAAGCCCCACCAGGUGCUGUUGAGACAUCAGUCACUAACUUGUCCUGUGUGAUUUACACUGCCAUUAAUAAUACUGCAUCUCUUCAUUGCACCUGGCUCGCUGGCAAAGCGGCACCAGAAGAUACCAAAUACUUUCUAUUUUACAGGUAUAACAACUACACUGAAGAAUGCCAAGAAUAUAGUAAAGACAAAUGGGAGAGAAAUAUUGGUUGCCGAUUUUCAAACACUUACAUAAAGACUAGUGAAACUGACGAAGUCGUCGUAAUACACAUUAAUGGGUCAAGCAAUGGCACUGCAAUCAAACCUUUUGAACAGAUAUUUAAUCAAAAUGCCAUUCAGAAAGUAAAUCCUCCUAGAAAUGUCACCAUGUCUUUAAAACAAAACAACCUUCUGGUCAAGUGGGAAAUGCCAGCUUCUUCUUUCCUAAAGGAAUGUUUUAAAUAUGAACUUAACAUCUACAACUGGAAGAUGGGUUACAAACAGAUAUUGGAAACCGAGUUAAAUAGUUUCAGUUUAAGGAUUGAUGACACCUGCAGAUACUCCAUACAGAUUAGAGCUAAUCAUCAAUCAUGGUGUACCGAAGGAUUUUGGAGUGAUUGGACUGAACCUCUUUAUAUUGGAAAAAACCAGCCAAGGACUCCUGUAGACUCCAAGACCUACACGGUUCUCAUUGCGCUUAUAGUAUCCAUAUGUUCCAUGGCAUUGCUUAUUGCUAUAAUAUGCAGAAAGUAUCACGUAUGGAGCAGACUAUUUCCACCAAUUCCAACACCCCAAAACAGUUUAAAAAAUAUGUUUUUAAAUAAAAGCUAUCAGAGAGCACGUACCUAUACCAGUGAAACGGAAACAGAAGUCGGAAGUUGCUUUGAAGAUCUUGGAAGUUAUACUGAAGACCUUUAUUUCGAGGUCCUCGAAGAUUCAUAAUCUGAAAUAUUACUCCAUUCCUGAUCUUGAAAUUAACAGGAGUGUUACUGCACGUGACAACAGCUUAGAGUGGAUGGACCUUCAGGCCACGCCAUCAUCAGCGCUUCAAAGAUAGAGAAAUGUGUUGCUUCCAAGCGGUUAAGUUGCUUAAUUACAAACUAACACAUAUGAAUAUGUCACUUUUUAAGAAAAAAGUGAGUACAGCCUGUGACGCUCUGUGCCUCGGGGGGGCACCCGACACCCCCAUGUUCAUCUUUAUAAAACGAUUGCGUGGUAUCCAGUGCAAAGUUUCUCAUGUCGGGUGUCUUCAGAAGCCUCAUAAUGCACUGAGCAUCGUUGUUAUAGUGAUGUUAUAGUAAUUGUUACAGUGAUGUUGUAGGUUAUCAUUUCAUGUAUAUAGUUACGAGGCUGAAAAUGUGUCCUCGUGGCUGAAAGCAAGCCCAGACAGAAACUCUCCAAGAACAGGGAAGCAGUUCACACCUUGUCAGGGCAUGGAUGGGACAGCCCAGCCUCACAGGAACAAUGGACACUGGCUCAGGCAGCAACAAAAGAAUCUGUUAGACCCUCGAGGGAGU